AUGAAGAUCGCCUCUUUCAACAUUCAGAAAUUUGGAAACAGAAAACUGUCUGACCCCAUGGUCAUUCAAACACUUAUUAAGAUAGUGUCGCGCUAUGACAUAGUUGUCGUUCUGGAGGUGGUGGACGCCAGCAAGGAAGCAGUCAACAGCUUUCUGACAGAACUAAAUAAAGCCAAUCCACAGCACCAUUACAGCAUGCAGCUCAGUGUACGUCUGGGGAGGACCAAGUACAAGGAGCAGUUUAUGUUCCUUUACAGGGAUGCUGUAGUGAAAGUGACUGACACGUAUCAGUACGAGGAAAAGCAACCUGGAGACGAGGACGUGUUUGAUCGAGAGCCUUAUAUCCUGCAAUUCUCUUUGACUAACACAGUGGUGAAGGACCUGGUUCUGAUACCUGUCCACACAAAGCCUGAAGACUCGGUGAAAGAACUGAAAAAGCUGUAUGAUGUAGUCCUGGAAAUGAAAAAAAAAUGGAAAACUGAUAAUAUCAUGAUCUUGGGUGACUUCAAUGCGGACGGCAGAUACAUGUCUAAAAAAGAGAGGAAGGCACUCAGUAUCUUCACAGAUAAAAACUUUCACUGGCUAAUUAUUGAUGAGGUGGACACCACCACGAGCACAAAGAACGAUCACACUUAUGACAGGAUUGUAGUGUAUGAACAGGUGAUGCUUGAUGGUAUUGUGCCGAACUCUGCCAGAGCAUUUAACUUCCAGAGGGAGUAUGGACUGACUGAAGCUGAUGCACUUAAAGUGAGUGAUCACUACUCAGUGGAAGUGGAACUGAAAAUCAAUACUGAUGUCAAACCUCUGCCAUAACCAGCAAAUAGAUGUCACCAGGAAGAUGAAAAAAAUAAAUAAAUAAAUCACCACCACUGGUUGAAGACUUGGAGAAAAG